AGGGUGUGAAAUUGGGGGUGAGGCUGGGAAUAAUAAUAUCAGAAGCAGAUGUUUCUGUUUUGGGACAAUGGUAGGUCCCUUGGGCUGUACUCCUAAUUUCUCAAGAUCUGCUUUUUAGAAAUUGUCAAAUGCCAUAUACCCAUAAUUAUGUUCUGCAUACAUCUUUAUGGAAGCCUCCCACAGCAAUUUAAAAUAGUACACUUGAUUGGGAUGACCAGAGUGGGGGGUUGGGAGAUUGGGGUAUUAGGCCCAGGUUCUGUGUGGUUAACUUCCUUCCCAUGAGUCUUUUUCACUUAACUGGGACUCUGGUGAAAACAAUACUUUUUGUGUUGUACUGUCAGUUUUCAAAGUGCUUUUACCUAGUUCAGGAUGUGAAAUACUAGGGUUGGACUAGGUGGCCUCCAAGGCUCUAGAAAGUCUGGCAUUUUGAAACUGGUUGACUUUUUCAAGGCUUCAAGAAAGUGGGUGGCAUUUGAAUUAGAUUAAUUUCUUGGACCUCUGAACUAGAUUGCCACUAUCCAAAACUUUUUAAAUGUAGGCAAAUCAGUAUGUCUUUAAAUAUCAAACUGCCUAGUGUCCCCACUCAGUAUCUGAAGAGAAAGCUCUAAUAGGUAAAUAUUUGUCUAUCAGUAGGUAAUGCUGUUCGGAUAAGAAAACUUUGAAGUAAAACUUCUGGACUGUAGAACACAGUUUUGAAAUAGUUGUCGUUUUUAUUUCAAUUAAGUUUUAUUGGGUUAGUUUUAUCAUUUAUAGUAAGGCCAUUAUUCUGAAUGGAAUACCAUUAGGUGGAUCCCAGACCAGAGAUUAGGAACAGGCCAAAGAAUACUAGGCUGUGUAAAGUUGUUCCAAAAUGGGAUUCUGUAUUAGAAAUGGAAAGAUGAUUAAUAUUGCUUGCUAUUUUGUUGGGGAUAAAAGAUACUAAGGUAGACAAAUUAUAUGAAUAGGUUAUGAAAGAAAGUAGCUGAAUGCUCACUUGAGUCUUUGGGCACCAUGGUUGCUGUCUAUAGUUGUCAAGGUAACCUGGAGUUUGUAUCAGAGGAUUCUCCCUUUUGGUGGUUGUGGUGGUUUUGUUGCAAAUAUAUCUCCGUUAGAUUACUUAGGUUACUUGUUAAAAUGCAAAGGGAAGAUGAGAGUGGAAUGCCAGUAUAAUUUUAUAUCCUGAAGCUUCAUGGUUUUAUAACUUUGUAGAAAUACAAGCAAUUAGAGGAAAUACUUUUUGUUGAUAAAGUAUGUACAAAAUAGGUUUACAUCCUUCAAAUUUCGUCAGUUACUCUUUCAUAUCAGCUUGCACUGAAAGGCUCUAGCUACAGUGGACUGCUUGAACGACAUCAUAUUCACACCAGAAAUGUAGAGCACAUUCUAGAUAGUUUACGGAACGAGGGAAUUGAGGUUCGCCUAGUAAAGAGGAGAGAAUACGAUGAAGAAACUGUUCGAUGGGCAGAUGCUGUCAUAGCUGCAGGAGGUGAUGGCACAAUGCUUCUGGCAGCAAGUAAAGUGUUAGACAGACUUAAACCAGUUAUUGGAGUAAAUACUGAUCCAGAACGGUCUGAGGGUCAUUUGUGUCUUCCUGUUCGAUAUACACAUUCCUUCCCAGAAGCCUUACAGAAGUUCUAUCGUGGUGAGUUCAGGUGGUUAUGGAGGCAGCGAAUCAGGUUAUACCUUGAAGGGACUGGCAUAAACCCCGUUCCUGUGGACCUUCAUGAACAGCAACUAAGUUUGAAUCAACAUAGUAGAGCCUUCAAUAUUGAAAGAGUUCAUGAUGAAAGGUCUGAGGCUUCAGGACCCCAGCUUUUGCCAGUGAGAGCACUAAAUGAAGUCUUCAUUGGGGAGAGUCUCUCAUCCAGGGCCUCCUAUUAUGAGAUUUCAGUUGAUGAUGGUCCCUGGGAAAAACAGAAGAGUUCAGGGCUCAAUCUGUGUACUGGAACAGGAUCAAAGGCCUGGUCAUUCAAUAUUAACAGGGUUGCAACUCAGGCUGUGGAAGAUGUUUUAAAUAUUGCAAAACGACAAGGAAAUUUAAGUCUUCCAUUGAACAGAGAACUGGUAGAGAAAGUAACAAAUGAAUAUAAUGAAUCGCUGCUCUAUAGUCCAGAAGAACCAAAAAUACUUUUCAGUAUUCGAGAACCAAUAGCAAACAGAGUUUUCUCAAGCAGUCGUCAGCGUUGUUUCACCUCAAAGGUUUGUGUUCGUUCUCGUUGUUGGGAUGCCUGUAUGGUUGUGGACGGAGGAACUUCCUUUGAGUUCAAUGAUGGAGCGAUUGCUUCAAUGAUGAUCAAUAAAGAAGAUGAGCUUCAAACUGUGCUUCUGGAACCGUGAAGCAUGUCCACAGGUGACAGAUUCUGAUACUGGAACAAUACUGUCACUGCAGAAGCAGACUGCCAGCCAUGAGCUCCAUCUUUUGGUCAUUGUUGAGACUGGCUGGCCCUGGGCUCCACGUGCCUAAGAAAGUGGGAUCUGUGUUCUUCUGUUGGAUCAGUGGAAAGAUGUUCACUGUGUAAGAAAAUGGAUGGACUGAACUGUUUAGAGUGGCGACCAGUGAAAUUUCUAUCUUACUUAUGAUUGGUAUCCAAGAGUGCUGACAUCUUAACUUUAGAGAACUAGGUUCAAAUAAAGGAUUAACUGUUUCCUUCCCUUUCCUCCUAACUUUGUGGAAUUGGUCAGAAGGAACACAUAUCAUUUGAUUAGUGUAUAUUUUUUAUAGCACCUAAAAAUCAAGAUUUAAAAAGCAGUUCGAUGGAGAAUUUUGAUAAAUCCUGACAUUGACCUAAUGAAGUAGGUAAACAUGUUUUCCUAUGUGCUGAGAAUUUUCUAACUUCAGAACACAAUAUUAUUAUGACUCUAUUGAUUUAAGAAGUUCAAACAGUCAUUUUUGAAAUUAUUUAUAGUUUUUAUUUAAUUUCAGGUUAAUUUUUACAAGAUGCAGGGUGAAUUGAAACUGGACAGAAUCAUGAUGCUGUUGCAAACGGAUUAAUUACCCCGUAGCUAUUUUAGGUCAUAGACAAUAUUUAAACAAUGACUUGAGUCUAAUAGCCUUCUUCCACAUUUAAAACUCUCAACACAGAUUCAGAGACUCAAAGGAAGAACUGGUGAGACAUAUUUUGUUAGGAGUUUGGUUGAACCUUUAAAAACUACUCUUAUCUACUUUUAAUAUCAUGGUAGUUCUCACCUAGCUCAUAUUCCAAGUUUCACACACCUUGGCUUUGGAGGGUAAAAUGUUACGGCUUUUCUCCUGCCUCGCCCACACCCCCCAAGAGUUCCUUUAUUUUGGUGGGAGUUAUUUUUAUCUAAUUCUUGAUCUACUCAUACGUGAGCCUAGACUCUUCAUAAAAAGCACCUAUUGCUGCAUCAUGAAACCAUUAGUAGUCUCAUGCCAUUUAUUCAAAGGUAUAUGUUUUUUUUACUUGCUAUUAAAAAUUUUUAUUCAAUCAUUGAAACAUUUAUUGACUACCCAUUCUCUGCCAUGCACUAUAUCAAUUGCUGGGUAUAUGCUGAAGAAUGAAACGGACUAUCCUGAUAGAACUUGAGUCGAGUGAACUCAGAAUUCUAUAAAAGCUAGGAUGUAUAAUCAAAUUGAGUGCUCUUAGUUUUGCCAACAUUUAACAUGUUCUGUCAGAUUUUUAUACAAAUGUGACUACACAAAAGUAAUCUAGGUUUGAUGUAUAUCUAGAACAAGAAUCUGGUUUUUUUCCUUAGUUAAGAGCAUCUGUAUAGACGCUCAUUAGCAAACAGUUUCCAUGGUGCAUACAGUUAAUAUUAGUGUUUUCCCAGAGCUGGUUGUAGUUUCUGGUUUGAUUUAAAAGUGAUAUACUUAAGAUCUACUUAGUAAAAUAAAAUUCUACACUUUAGAAACUCCCCUAAUUUUAAAAUGCCUUCUUGACAAAAAUGCCAACUCCAUCUUUAAUAUCAAGAAAAUCUGAUUAUCUAUAUGGUAGGUAUGAUAGGUCUGUUAAUAUGUAACAUAUUAAUAGGUCACCUGCUGUGUAAAAUUGUUCAUAAGCCAUAUUUUAAAGGUUUAAAAAAUGCUUAAUGUGCUCCAUUUGCAAUAUAACUUAUAAUAUUUCUGCUAUGUGCUGGGGAUUUGUAAGAGAUGAUGAGAGGCAAAGGAUGUUAGAAUAGCAAAAAUGUUUUUAUGAAUUAACCUUUAAUGGCAAGAUGUGAAUAAAAUUAAACUAUUGUUA